AUGUCACCAUAUCGUUUGGUGUUUGGAAAAGCAUGUCACUUUCCAGUGGAACUUGAGCACCGCGCUUAUUGGGCUAUUCAAACACUCAACAUGGACUUGCAACUUGCAGGAGAAAAGAGAAUGUUAUCGUUAAAUGAAUUAGAAGAGAUGCGCUUAUUCUCUUAUGAAAAGGCCAAACUUUACAAGGAGAAAAAAAAAAGGUGGCAUGACAAGCAUAUUCAUCCAAGGGUGUUCGAAGAAGGCCAGCGAGUUUUGCUCUUUAACUCGCGUUUGAAACUAUUCCCAGGCAAGCUCAAGUCAAGAUGGUCGGGCCCAUUCUUGGUGGUUAAGGUGUAUCCUUAUGGAGCGGUGGAAUUGCGUGAAGAAGACUCCAGAAGGGAAUUCAAGGUUAAUGGCCAAAGGAUCAAGCAUUAUUGGGGAGGUGAGGUUGAGCGAAACAAGUGCUCAAUCUCUUUGGAGGAUCCUUGA